UUGCGCUUCAGAAAAGUAACACAACUUUACAUUGCUUCACUCCGUCCCUACAACCCCAGAAGACUUCUACAUACCAAGAUGGAAUCGCCCGGGACUCUUUGUCUGUUUCUCCUACUCAAUCUGCUGCACCUGAGCCCUGCUGGGGCAGACCAAGCCCUUUCAACCACGCAGACAUAUUCGUCCGGACCAGGAGACCAUGACGGCCGCUCGACCUUUGCAAUGGAGGCCUACUUUUCUACCACCGACCAACAGAACUCAUCCGACGGUACCGUCGUCAUUCGCUCGGACUGCCCGAUCGACACCGAGAUGGGUUUAGUCGCCAUCGGUUCCGCGGGAGGGGUGAUUCUCUGCUUGCUGGUCGCCACUAUAGUACUCGCAUGUCAGGUUCGCCUCCUUCAGAAUCGGGCACAAACCCUUAGGACCUCCCGGUCCAACAUGAACUUGGUAAGCGGUACUGGCUACUGGGAUUCCGAUCAAACGGAAGCCGGGGGAUUGGUCGGCCCAUGCGACGCCAGCGUCGUGCUUGAGGAGGUGAGAUCGGACGGCAAGAUGGAGGAGAAGAGGCAGGCUGAAAUACAAGAGGCCAUGGAGGAAAGCGGGACGGGACUUGGGGAAGUGGCCCCCGCGGUGGCUUUCGAUCCUGAAGAACAGGCUUCCAAGAUGCUGAGCUCUAGUUCCCAGGAUUACUGUUUGGAAGUUCCCCGGGAUGUAGAGGACAUGCCGCUUGUUGUCUGAGGAGGUAGCUCCACCUUAUUCGACGCAGACAUUUAGCUUAGCAAGUUCAUUUUUAUUGUUUUUUGUUAGUUUUUUUUUUAUAGUGAAUUGUGGGUCGCUUGGGCACAGCAAGAAAUUUUGAAUGCUGAUACUAAUAGAAUGUGCGUGCUUCAGUCAUUAAUAGAAAUGGCUUUAAAUUAUGCUACUUUAAAACUAGAAUAAAAUAUUAAAUGUUUAUGGAAUUGAACAGCUGGUCUCAUAAAGUUAAAGUGAGUCAAGAUUAUUAUCUUUUUUAUAUAAUAUCUGAACAAAAAUAAGUGAAGGUGUUCCAGUUUGAUAAUAAUAAGAAAUAACUAUUGUGUAUCAUUACUUAUCUCUUACAGUACAAAAUUUCACAAGAUAAAUUUGAACUAGAAAAAAGCCAAAGAAGUCACGAUAUAUUUUGGGUUAAAAAAAAUACUUUGAUGUGACACAUUCAAUUAAAAGCUAAAACAGCAACAAAGUUUUUUGUAUUUUUCUUUGUUGCUAAACAGGAAGCCGAUGCUUUAAAAACAGGUUUAAUCAAAUAUAUUGAGAGAGAUGCCCAUCAUCAAAACCCGCCUUGUACGCAAAACCGAACAUCAAACUGGAAAGAAAAAGCAAGAAACAGACAGAGUCAGACCAUAGCAAAAGGUGGCAUCGUAAUAUUAAACUUUAGCUUUCAAAUUUGGUGUGUUACCAAAGCACUCCUGAACUUGUUUUUUUCUAAAAAGUCGGCUUCAAACAAUAAAUAUAUGAAAGACUAUUUCUUUAUGAAUUGUAUACAUAAAAACUCCUGUUACACAGUUUAAAUAAAUGGAUUUUUACAUGGUG